AUGACAGGAGGAUCGCCGACGCCGGUGUGGACAGUAGCCAGUGGAGCGCGUCAGGACGAAGCAGAGGAAGAGUAUAGUGCUGAACCAAUGAGCUACGAUGAGAUGAUGAAGCUUGCGCGUGACAUCCACAAAUUAUCGGGCGAUAAGCUGGGCGCUGUUGUUCAGAUUGUCCAGUCCAGAGAGCAGCUACCGGCUACCAAUGCUGUUGAGGUGGAAAUUGAUAUAGAAAGCCUGAAGCCGACGACAUUGCAUGCACUGAAAACGUUUGUUGCAUCGUGCUGGAAGAAAGACGCGCAGACGCCUGGCGUGGGGGACGAUGAUGACAUGGAAAAUGACGAGUCUGGGAGUGAAUUCAAUGAAACGUCGGGUUCGGAGUCGUUGUUUUUUGAUGAAGAAGAUUACUAG